GCCACUUUGCAGCCCGAUUUCAAAAGCAAUCAAACUGGAAUCUACUCAGCAGUUGGCUUGAACUUUUGGCAAGCUCACAUUGGUAUGUUGCACCUUAUUGCACUUGCAAUGAUGAGUGAAGGUUAAUUUUUCGCAAUGUGGGGUCAACACCUGCAAAAUACUCUGAAAAGAGAUGGACCAUGGCUCAAAAUUGGCCGGUUUGAACAUUUUUGAAGGUGAUAUGACUCACUGACGUUGACCCCGUGGACCUCGUGGACCCCGUGGACCCCAUGGACCGCGUGGCGGCCGUCCUUCUGCGCUGCCAACAUCAAAGGAGUCUGGCCACUGACGUCGCGGACAUCCACAUCGAGGUUUGGUCCAAUGUGCUUUGCCAUUGAAUGGCGCUGUGGAUUCUGGCGCUGUAUCGGGCAAGAAACGAUGCACAUCUUGGGCACAUCCUUGGUCCGGAUGGAAUAUCUCCAAGCCAUGAAGCUUCACGACGCAUACGGCUGCACGCUACCAAGAACUUUUGCCACGAAUGAGUUUGAAAAUGGACCAUCUUCCUCAACUUUCUCACUUUCGGGAAUCUCCCUAGAUGACUUGAUUCUGUUUGCAGCCUCGAAAAAACAUCGAUAUGGCCCUGGUUCCAAUUGAGGAUCCUUUAAUCAUUGUUCACAUCAGCCGCUGAUAGGCCCAGCAUCCUUCACGAGCAGCUUGGCACAAAGGCUCCAAAGGUAUUUGUGAGAAUGGCACUCCUGACGCAACAUGGCACAGCUCCCGAAGGGUGCCAGGAUCUCAAAAUGUCGAACCAAGAGAAUGAAAAAAGGACGUGAACAAAAAGGAUGUGAACAGGAUGACGACGAUGACAACGAUGACGAUGUCAAAAGAAACGAUUUGACAGGAAGAAAUCAAACUUCCCAUUUCACGUUGCGCCGGAGCGGCUCCUUGUGGCCGCAACAAUGGCUGCUCCCAGUCCAACGCAACCCAGGCGUUGUUCAGCUUGGUGCGAAUGCGACGCCACUGCCGGUGCUCAUCCUUGGCUGUGAGGGUUUGUUGUGGUUUUCAUGUGGCUUGAUUUACCUCCCAGUGUCAUCAAACAUGGCUAGGGGCAAUUUUUUUACAGGAAGUUCUAAUGGGAAGAUCUCUUACACAUACUAGAUUUUCUAUAGCUACGAUGAAUUUCCUGACUUUAGGAGAAAUCUGUGGGAAACCAACAUUUUUGCCUCAAAUACAAGCUUGUCGAGUGAAUCCGCUUUACUUCUGCGGGCGUGCGAUAUCCCCGUAAGCAUGGCUCCCAUGAGCUCCAUCCAUCUUGCAUGCCUCAAAAAAUGUGUUUUCAGCCGAUUCGGGCACUGCGACCAGCAAAAGUCAUGGCCCAGUUGGCAUGAAAAAACAUGAUUCGAUCUGAUGAAAGGUUGGUGAGAUACGUGAGAUACGUGAGAUACACGACUUCCAACAAAUCCCAUCUGUCAAGUUCCCAUGCGCCAAAGAUCCCAGUCAAAGAGUUCCAACACUUGACCUUUGCGCCUGCCAGGUCUGUGAGGCGUCUACAUUCCGUAUACCCGGUGGAUGAUGAGAUCUACCCCUUUAGAUUCAGUCUAUGUAAAUACAGUUAAAUAAUGGAUUACAAUCACCUAUAUAGUUAUGUAUACAAAAACACAUAUACAUAUUUGCGGAUGGCUCCACCAAGAUGAUUCGGCCAAGCAACUUGCAAAAUUGCAAUGGAAAGACUUGGAAAGAAUUGGAUAGCAUCAGUAUCAUCAGUAAUGUUAUUCAUGUUAUUCAUAUUCAUAGCAUUAUUUGGCCGAAU